CGAUGCGAAAUGGAAAUGACUCAUGUAUUCGUGGAAAAUAAUAGCUUAGGUGCUGCAUCAAAACAAAAAGAUAAAAACGUGAUUGUGUAUCUUAUUUUGCAUCGAGUUUUUAAUUGAUGGUCUGCUCUCGCGAAGUACAAAUUUCGUGUUCAUUUUUUAAUUAUAUUUUUGUUCGUAUUAUUCAAAAUGACUUUACCUAGUGCAGACAGUGAUCGCGAUUUAAAUGGAUUAAUACUGAGUAAUAUUCCGGAAGAAGUGCUCGGUCUUAUAUUGAGUUACGUUGAUCCAGAUUCGUUAGUUUUUCUUUGCCGGCCAGUAUGUAAAUUGUGGAAAAAUUUGAUCGAUGAAGAUGUAUGGAAAAUUCGUAUUCGGACAUCUAAACAACGAAGUUUUUCCAAAUUAUCUCACGCAGAACGAAUGACACUGAAGCUGCCCUGGUAUAUUUACUAUUCUAUUUUCACUGGCGAUCCGUUUGAAAGAAAUUUGAUGAAAAAUCAUUGUGGACAAGAUAAAAUGAACCAUUGGUUUGAAUUUAAGGAACGUUCCAUACCGCAGCAGCCCAUAGUUAUGCGGCAACCCAGACUGGGUAAUGCAUUUUGGAAAAUUGAAACUGUUCCUGAGGGUGGUUCUGAUCCUCUACCUGAACACAACGAUUUUGGAAAUUGCACCACAUGUUUUGUCAAUUCCUUCCGGUUAGAAGGUAAAUAUCAAAUCAUUGACUUGAAAAGUCAUCGUAUUUCGCAAAAAAUAAUGGACAAAUUUCAGCCGACUAUCACCGCCAGUGAAUGGAAUGCUGGUAAAUCGGAUUAUGAGUACGAGUACCAGCUCACUGUAAGACUUCUAGAUGAGCACAAAAACGUACUGCUGGAGAAACAGAGUCCAGUUAAAGUAUUAAUCGAACAAUGGAAAGGUAAAGCUUGGAAAAAGGUUGAACUUAUCUUUGAUAAUUACGGUCCUGGUGUGAGAUAUAUCAAAUUUAUACACGAAGGAAGAGAUACACAAUGCUGGAGUGGUCAUUACGGUAGUAAAAUGUCUGGAGCAGUAGUGAAAAUUUCGUUGCCAGCGCCGAAAACUUCUGAUUUUUGUCAAACGCUGAAAAUAUUUCAACGAACGUGAAAUCACGAAGACAAUUCCCUUUCUGCACUUUUCACCACAUAAUUUAUACUUUCAAUGGCAUAGGUACUCGUACAUUUGCAUUCCCACACCUCGGAAAUGAAGUAAGUCGGUCUCACUUUAAACGUGUUAAUAGUAAGCAUACAUUGAGAAGAAAAAAACAAAAAUUAUUUGUGUGUUUCGUACAUCUCAUCUCCCGUUAAAUAUUUAAAACAAAACAAAACGAAAAAAAGAGCACAGAAAGUGCUUGUCAAUGAGAGACCAGUAUGUAAGUAUAACACAGUAAAAAGUGGCGAUAUACUCGUUCUUUUAUUCCCUGAGGAAUACGCUGGCCGCGGUACCUACCUAAUUCAGAAAAGCAAACAUUUUAGGCACCUAAUUUUCGAGUAUUGUGUUCUCGAAAUGCUGGAGUAAAAAAAAAAAAGUGGCGUUGAGAUGUGUAACGUACAUGCGGAUGCUGAAAAAGCUACGUGGAAAUAAAUGAUGUUUGUUCUUUGUGAAUGAUACAAUGGCCGACACGACACGAUGCAGUGGGCAGUGAGUUUCCUUGUGGCCGGUGUAAAGAUAACUGGUGUGUUGGUAAUUUCGCUAAUAUGGUAACAACGGUAGACGUUUCGAAUUACACUUUACAGUGAUCUUGAAAUGUUACAUGGUGCAUAUUGCAUGUGGUUAUUUGAAAUUGCAAAAUAUCAAUUGCUCUAGCUGUCAUGCUACUGCGAGUCGUAUAAACAGACGUAGUAUGUGCAAUAUGCAUUGAUACACCUCUAAACAGGUCAAUGAAUUGUGUUAGAAUGUUAUCGAGUUGAUUGACAGAAAAAAUUGAUUUAUUUUUGAAUAUCUAUAAUUUCAAUGACUAAGUCUUUGUACCUUACCCAAAACCUACAGUGAUUGAUUCCAAAAAAUGUGCAUCAUUGAGGGUUAGUGAUCAGGCUUUUGUUUGAAAUUGACUAGAAAGAAAUUCGAAUAAUUAGACUUAAAAAAAUACAACGUACACAAAAAUUAAAAAUUUAAAAACUUGAAUAGUAAUUUUCUAUUUUUGGGAGGAAUGAUAAAAAAAUGUUGAAUCUUUCACAGAAAAUAGUCACCAGCAAGGAAGAUAGGUAAGAAUCUCAACUGGCAGAAAUUUUUUUGAACUGGACAAAGCUACCUACCUCGAAAGAGCAUUCAAAAGUGUCUGUCUCCCCUGUGAGCCAUGUGUGAGCCCUUAAAGGUCAUUCACCUGUUCUGGCUUCUCUAUGUUAUAUGACCACGUGUCUGACCUCUCAAGGUCAUUGACCCAUCUGCCCGGCUUCUCAAUGUUGUCUAUCUGCCUGAUUGACCUUCUCAAGGUUAGUGAUGACCAGUCUGUCUGGCUUCUCAAGAUCGUCUGUCCUCCUGUCUGACCUCCUAAGGUCAUUGACCUGUUCGGCCAGCUCAUCAAGGUCAUCUGUCUGGCCUCUCAAGGUCAUUGACCUAUCUAUACGGCUUCUCAAGAUUGUAUGUCUAGCUUCUUAAGGUCAAUGGUUUGUCUGACUGACAUCUCAAGAUCGCCUGUCUUCCUUGUCAGUCUCUAAAGGUCAUUGACCUGCCUGUCUGGCUUUUCAAGGUUAUAUGUCCACGCGUCUGGCCUCUCAAAGUCUCAUUGACCCAUCCGUUCGGCUUCUCGAGGUUGUCUGUGUGCCUGACUGACCUCUUGACUCUGGAGGUUAUUGAUGACCUGUCUGUCUGGUUUCUCAAGAUCGUAUGUCUUUGUCUACCGGGCUGACCUCCUAAGGUUAUUGACCUGUUCGGUCAGCUCCUCGCAAGUUCAUCUUUCUGGUCUCUCAAGGUCAUUAACCUAUCUGUCUGGCUUCUCAAGAUUGUCUGUCCGUUUGUCCAGAUUCCCAAGGUCAAUGACCCAUCUGACUUGCAUAUAAGGACCGUUUGUCUUCUUGUCUGGCCUCCUAAGGUUAUUGACCUGUUUGUCUGGCUCCUCAAAUGUCAUUUGUCUGGCUUCUCAAGACUGUCUGUCCGUUUGUCUAGAUUCUUAAGGUCGAUGACCUAUCUGACUAGCAUCUAAGGACCGUCUGUCUUCUAGUCUAGCAUCCUAAGGUCAUUGACCUGUUUGUCUGGCUCUUCAAAUGACAUAUGUCUGGCCUUUCAAGGUCAUUGACCUGUCUGUCUGGCUUCUCAAGAUUGUCUGUCCGUUUGUCUAGAUUCUUAAGGUCAAUGACCCGUCUGUCUGGCAUCUCAGGAUUGUCCUGCUCUUCAAGGUCACCCGUCUGUCUGCCUGGCUUCUCAAGGUCAUUCACCCGGCUCUCUCGCCGCUCAAGGUUGUCUAUCUGCCUGUCUGGAUUCCCAAAGUCGUCCGUGCGGUCCGUUUACUUGUCUGGCUUUCCAAAGCUCCAAACUGCAAAUUUAAAUUUUGAAAAUUUGAGACUAUGCACUAUAUGCAGGCUCAAAAAAUCAAUAAUUAUAUAAAUUUUGUAAUUUGGGAAUUCCAAAAAAUAAUGUCCAAUUUAAUCAUUUGGAGGCCAUGAUAGUUCCAACAAUGAAAUUGAAAUUUCGUUAUUUGGAGGCCAUGCAAACUUUAAAGAAUGUUGAAUUUGAAUAAUAAUCAUUAAUUGAGCAAGAAAGUUCUUCGAAAAGUGAAAACGUUCAUUUCUUAGAACAUCGCACUGAUUCAAUGCCCAAGAAAAACGACAAAUUAAAAUCGAUUGCAAUUCCAAACAUUUGUACAAAUUCAAAUUAUGCAUUUUUCAAAAUCAAUCGAAUCACUUAUCAUUACGAAUGACAGUCUACGUAGGUAGCUAUUCUCGGAACUAUAAAUUUCUCAUGUAAGUACAUCGCUGAACGUACUUAUUCAUCGCAUCCUCCAUCAUAAUAUACGUAUAACUGAUAGGUACAAUUAAAAAGAAGACACUCUAUCGACACCUCAUAAUACGUAUAAAGCAAACAUCACACCAUCGAACAAUUAACUUCCACUGUCAGGUACACCUACCAAACAUUAAGUACAUUUGCACAAAACGCUUUGAAUUAAACACCUAAACCGAAUCUCGCUGCACAAAAGUCCAUUCAUAUUAUACGCACCUCACACAAAGGUUAUUAAGUACAUAAGUAAGUAAAUCGAUAAACGAAUUUUCCAACCUUAUAAUACGCGGGUUAAUGCACCGUAAUAUUAGUUUUGAGCUUAUUAAUGAUAUUUUAAUCGUUAAUUUCACCCCACCAGGUGCAUUUUUAAAGCGCAUUUUCAGUUAUAUCAACCUGGUGUUUAUAAUGUUCCAGUCCAUAGACCAAAGUACCUAGCUGGCCAUUUGUAAGGUAGGUAAUACGUUAUAAUUUAUAUAACGCAGCUGUUUUUCAUAUCACACACGUGAACCGGAUUACACCCAGACUUAUAAUAGCAGAACACGCAUCGAGAAUUUUCUCAACACAACAUUUGUCAAAAAAAUAGAUACCUACCAACUGGAAAGGAAAAAAUUCCCCAUUCGAAAGCAAUUUUAAAAUAAAACUUGUGGGAUGAAAAAAAAUGGAUGAAAAUUUAAAAACAUAAUUCAAAAAAAAAUUCAACGUACAUAUAAACAAGGUCGCCAUAAUAAAUUAACAGAAUUUCACCAUCGCGUGUUACUUUAGCUUGGAAUAAUUGAUGUCUAUCAGGUAACAUGCCUAUCAGUAACUAUAGUAACUAAAAUAACAACAAAAGUAAUCGAAUUAAUAUCGCAUAUUGCCCCAUCAAGUAUUGAAAUCAAGUCGCUAAAUAGGUAUUAUUAUUAGUUCUUGGGACGAUAUAUGUACCUAUUCAUAAUACCUUUUCUUAUUAUUUUAUUGUUAACAAUUUAUAGGGAUCAAAGCUCUGGUUUGCCCAUUAAGUCGAUAAUAUGGCUCCUAAAGCAUUAAUAUAGCAAUCGCCAUCUUAAUCUUGGCUCUUUCAAUUCGUAAGUUCGGUAAAAAGUAAUUUACCUAUAGUCGAAUUUUGAUCGUUUUUUCAGUUUAAUUUACGCACCAUUAUGGUCAGAAAUUUAUUUCAAUUUGAUUACAUCUUCAAGUUGCGUUCACCCCUUCAAUUUUCAAGGUAUGCAACAUGUUUAACCAGUUCAACUGAUGAUUCUUUCAAAAAAAAAAAAAAAAAAAAAAAAUAGCAUAGGUUCAAGGAUCAAAAAAUCGUUUGAAUCGGUUUAAAAUGACUUUGUAGGGUUUUGUCAUACGAAAACGAACGAAAGGAUUUAAAGAGUUGAUUGUAAUUAUCUACGCAUUCGUAUACUUACCUAUGUAUGCCUGUAUUUUGAAUAAAACCUAUAGUGACGACAUUUAUCUACGUUGCACAUUAUAAUGCUCAUUAUGCAAGAUGUGCUUAUUUAAAAAUAGAUAGGUAUCCUUUAUUAUUGUGUAUCAUUUGCCAUUAUGGCUGUCUAUUUGUAUCACAGAUAAUAUAAGAUAAGUAUAAUUAAGCAGCUAUCGUUUCAAUCUUGUUUCGGAUAGUUGACUCUGUUAACCAGAUUAUCCUAUGAUGAGGAAAUAAAAACCAUGGUGGCUUGA